AUGGUGCGCACGAAAAAGAGCGUGCCCACGCACAACCCCCUGAGCAGCGAGCCGGCGAACAAGACGGCGCCGAGCAGACCAUCACACAAGCAGGUCGCCUCGUCCAAAGCGAGCAACAACGCCGCAACAGGCAAAGGGGCAAGAAGUCAAAUUCCGCAAAAGGGAAUGAAGAAGACGACUAGAAUUAGGAGGCCCCAUCGGUACAGACCAGGUGUAUUAGCAUUAAAGGAAAUACGGGCAUACCAAGCGACAACACAGCUGCUCAUUCCGAAGAUCCCUUUUGUUCGAGUGGUGAAGGAGAUUACCCAACUGUUUGAGUUGCCGAAUGAACAGCUGCGCUACACCCCCGAGGCCCUGUUGGCGCUGCAAACCGCGUCGGAGGCCUACCUCGUCAGUCUCUUUGAAGAUGCCUACCUGUGUUCGCUCCACGCAAACCGGGUCACCCUCAUGCCUAAGGACAUUCACCUGGCUCGCCGGAUCCGCGGCCGCGAUUGA